GAAGCUCUUCGAAGCCAAAGUUCGAAUCAGAAAGGACGUGGACAAGGACAAGGCUAGGAGUCGGGUGGAUGAGCUGCACAAGCAGUGCGAGGCAGAGGCCAAGAAACCCCAACUGAAGAUCAAGAUCUCGAAGUGCGUGGGCAAAUGUACGAACUUUGACUUCCGUUCGAAGUGCAGGGUGUGCUACCUACUGGCGCUGGAGCGUGUGCUAGUACACCAGCCCAGCGCCUACAGCACCCGAAGGAUUAUCAUGCUACCUGAUGGAGGUCGCCUGCUAAGUGCGGUGUCCUCGACGCUGGGGCUGCAGAAGGAGAUGGCUCGGUGGAUCAUGUUCCCUGCGGCCUCUCCGGGGAACAUGAAGGACAGGCUCAUGAACGCCGGCGUUGGCGACAAGUUCUACGAGACUGAGUUCUGGGGACUUCGAUUGGUGGACACGGGAAGCAAGGCGGCAAGAGCGGCGAGCAGGAGUUCGAUGGCUUAG